AUGAUGCUGUUCCGACCAGUUUGGAUUCUCGCUUUAGCAGGAAUUUGUUCUUGCUCUUACCCAUCCCGUGAGAAAGGGUACGUCUGUGCUUUUCCUCCGGAAGUGGGUGCUGCUGUCGAACAUGGUAUCGAAGCGUGGUAUUACGAUUCAAAAGUUGGUAAAUGCUCGAAGUUUUUAAGGUAUCGCGACGCAGUGCUUGGACUAAACCGAUUCGAUAACGAGACUCAAUGCAAUGCCAAAUGCAGACCUGACGUACCCAGCUACUGUUUUGAAAAACCUGAUAAUGGCGGCAAGCACCGCUCGAAGUCCAUGUGGACUUAUAAUUCUGCCGUCUCACAAUGCGUCCGUUUUCAAUGGAGCGGAGGUGAUACAGGAGGGAAAAAUGUGUUUCAUUCAAAUCAAGAAUGCAUAAGCAAGUGCGAAAUUCCUGACCUCGGUGAUUGCGCAAAGCCACCAACAAGUAUAUGCAAGAAAAACGAUGAUGAUUGGUUUCGAUUUGAUAAGAAGACGCGUACCUGCCGAAAUUUCGAAGAUCACGAAUGUCCGAAUAGGGAGGGAAAUACAUUUAGUUCGGUUCAAGAAUGCAACCGACGGUGUGGACGAUUUGUAAGGGACAAAUGCAGGAUGCCAAUACAAAAUAUGAGUAUUUGCACUACUGUCACAACAAGGUACGGCUACAAUUUUGUUGAUCAAAAGUGCGAGGAGUUUCACGGCUGUGACGAUGGCGGAAAUAGCUUUCCUUCGGCUGAAAUGUGUUGGAACACUUGUGCCAAAAACACAAGAAGCCCGUGUGUAAAGCCCCGUGACUUCAGAUAUCACGGAGUCUAUGUGAGAUAUUAUUACGAUAUUAAAAAUAACAAAUGUGAAAGUGCGUGGAUAUCGGGUAGAGGAGUUCCUGGAAACACAAAUUUAUUUUGGUCAAUGAAUGACUGCGAAAAGGCUUGCAUAGCAAAGCAUCAACCUGCAUGGACACCAUGGACAUAUGUACUCGAAGAACUUAGUACCUUGCCCUAUGAGCAGGAAAUCUCAGGGAGGCAAGAUAUCGCAUAA